UUAAGAGUGGUCACACUAAAGCCGUUUCAACGUCUGGCAACGCUGCACAACGCCAAAACAAAACAAAUCAUUUUUGGUACUUCUUGAAAACACUUGCUCAUUUUGCAAUGUACAACGUGGAAUGCAUUCCUAUUAAGGACAUAAAGCCGGGUCUGAAGAACAUCAAUGUUAUCUUUAUUGUCCUGGAAGUUGGCGUGGCCACCGUUACAAAGGAAAACCGCGAAGUGAGGAACUUCAAGGUGGGCGAUCCUACGGCCUGCAUCAAUGUCUCGAUUUGGGACGAACCGGGCAAACUGAUAGCACCCGGCGAUAUUGUGAGACUGACAAAGGGCUACGCCUCCAUCUGGAGGCAUUGUCUGACCCUUUAUUCUGGAAAGAACGGCGAGGUGUUCAAGAUCGGCGAGUUCUGCAUGGUCUUUAACGAGAGCGUCAACAUGAGUGAGCCGAAACGGGCGGAGCAGCAGGCAGUGGCAAAUCCUGCUGCUACUCCGGCAGGGCUUCCGGCCGGUGGUGGUACUUCUGGCUUGCCCGCCAAGGGUGGUGCCACGGGUAUUUCUCAGCCAGCGGUGGCUGCUGCACCAGGUGCUCCCGCCACCCAGAGCGCCGUGACCACAGCUCCCGCUGCGGCGCCAGCAAUCGCAGCCCAAACGACAACGAAACCUGGCACCCGUGGUGGCCGUGGAGGUGGAGGACGAGGUGGCCUUAAGGGGGAACGGCGAUAAAGGGUCUCAAGAGUACCAGGAACUAAGCGAACAAGAACCAAACCUCUACAAUAAUGCGUAGCUUAAUAAGACAUGUUUACACAUCCCAAAAGAUCGGACCUGGAUUUGGUAUGUUAUCUAGAUUAUUUGGGCUUUACAAUUUACGUAAUAGGUCUGCAUUAUUGAGCAUCAAUUAAACAUUCAAUUAAAAAUAUGAAAUCAGA